CAUACCAUUAACAGCCUAUGUCAGACUAAUCAUGCACGGUAGUUCUUGGGGCAUAUUUAGAAGUUUGGAUAAACUAUUGUAAGGGUGUUCCAUGAGCGCGCGGAAGACCGGGCAGAAAUAUUGCAUCUAUUAGCCGCUUUUCUUGGAGGAUCUCCGUGACAACAAUUUGCGAUGGCAAAGAAUUCAAUACCGGGGGCUCGGAGGCUGAUUGGGGUGCAUUGUGAGGGGACUGAGGUCGCUGAUUGGUUCAAGGAAAGCACCAACACUACACGCAGUUUAUAUUCAUUCAACUUGUUGAAGCACUCAGACUACUUCUGGGAGAGAGACAGGAAUGAGAAUCCUCAACAGGGGACAUGAUUUUAAAGAUGAAGAAGAAUAUAAUUUGCAUGGACUUUUUUGGUGGUAGGCCUAUGGAUUAAAAUAUUUACACUGUAACAUGGCAAGUACAGACAGUGAGGUGAAAACGUUACUGAACUUUGUAAACUUGGCAUCCAGUGACAUCAAGGCGGCUCUGGACAAAUCAGCCCCUUGCAGGCGCUCUGUGGACCACAGGAAAUACCUGCAGAAACAGCUCAAGCGUUUUUCUCAGAAAUACGCUCGGAUGCCCAGAUGCCACACACACAGGUCCACGGAGUCUAGCAUCGCCAAAGAUGUGGUGAACAAGUCCAGCGAGUAUUCAUUGGAGACAAUUCACCCGAGCACGACGCGCAUCAAUGAAAAGGGGGGUUCGUAUGCGCGAGACGUAGAGAACGCAAGGAUGGCUAAAACCCCAACGGUAGACAGUGAUAACAGUAAGCAAGAACAGGUACCCAUGAGGAAACGUCAACUCCCUGCAUCGUUUUGGGAGGAACCCCGAUUAGCCCAAAACAACACAGACUAUUUGCAGUAUGGAUGGAAAAAGAGCCAAGGUGUGAUAGGAAUCAACGAUGUUGAAAAAAUAAAAAAAGCUCACGAGGAACUAACACCGAGCUUGCUUCUCUCCAAUAGACGUGGCUCUGUUGAGAUAGAACCGCUCAAACUGGACGUGGCCUCUCAUAACGUCAAUGUGUGCGGUUUCUGUCCGUUUCAGUACCACGGACACCACGUCUUUCAGAGUCACAUAGUUGUUCCACAAUCGGCUGUGGGACUCUGGGGGAAAGCCACAGUGGCUGAAACGGAAACACCCGACAUAACACACCGACAUAAGAACUACACGCAUGUCGUGGUCAAACCCAUACCGACUAAACCCACGGUCCCGCCAUCCAUUUUCAACGUGUUUGGGUUCAUUUAAACACAAUUACAGACGUAUAAUCAUAGCUUAAUAAUUGCCUAAGCAAUAAUGAAGAUGUAAAUAUUAAUUUGUUUAGUUCGAUAUGCCGUUUCUUUUUUAUUUCAAACUUUGCAUUUCUCUUUUUUUAAAGAGUAGUCAUAAAUAAGCACUUAAGUAGUCUUACAUUUCAUACCAAACAUUUCUGCUUGGAACACUUGCACCUUUACCACUUGGGUUCCAUAACGUAUAAGGAAUUAUUAUAAAAUCAUAGCACCGUCUCAAACUGAAAAAUGUAGACUACUUCAAUCUUUCUCAUUUUUAAAAUGGAAGGGAAUUUAUGUUGAUAUAGGAAUGGAGUGACAUUUGACGUUGUCCAUUUUUUGAUUCGUCGUGAUAAUCUAUGCUAAAGGAGAGGUAUACGGGUGUGUUGAUUACCUCAUGGUGUAUAUAUCUCUUAAAUACACUGGUUUAAAAAUGAAUUGAUCAAAAUUACUUGUAGUUCACUUGUGUUUGUCAACAAAAAGUAAAACACAGACUGACAGAUAGUUCCCCACAUUAUUUCUUGAUAUUUUUUGUUUGUAAAUAAUACUUGUGAAAUGGAGAAAUUACAUUUAUUUUUUAAAUAAACAGUAGAUCUUUAGAUUUCUUUCUUUGGUUCGAACACCUUUUUCAAUAGCCUUUUAGCACUGACAUUUACAAUAUGUUACAACAACAAAUCAACAAUAAUAUACACUCAUUACACUAGGUUUGUUGAAAACACACUUUCAAAACAUAUGACAAAAUCAGUGCUUAAUAUCAACAAGUACAUUCCAUCCAAGCAAGCACACUUCAUAAAGCCUCAUAUUGAUUGUCUCCCUUUGUUCAACUCGGCCUAAACAUCUGAAAGACAGGUAUUUUAAAAGCUUACCUUGAGUUAAUUUUAGCUCAGUUAUGCUGCACUUCUUCAGGAGACUAUCAACUGCUGUGCCUUUAUCUAUCAUCAUUCGUCAGCCCAUCCACACAGACCUGCAGCUCACAUCCACUGUAUGUGCACACGACACACACACUCCACGUGCACAUGACACACAUAUUCUCCAUUACACACAUUUUGCACAAUCAUCACUACCCCAUAAAUACAGUGUUAAAAAUCCUGUAAACUGGUAACUUAAUAUACUAUAAGGCACAACACACAGGAACACUGACAAGCCUUAUUUGCCAUCAGGGCAGAAGUCAUC